AUGGUAGCUAAAGAAUUGAAAAAAAACCACCUCUUGUUGUAUCACGGAUCACGGAAACUGACAGUUUUAGAUAUUCUAUUUGCUGUGUCCAUCACAAACACGACUGAAAGGAGUGGGAGAGAGACGCUCUUUUCAACUCACUGGUACAUAAAAAAAACCUCACAAAAUGUAAAAUAUAUACAAGAGGAAAAAUAUCAACCGCUACAAAGAGUAUCAACAGAACGACAACACCAGCAACCGAUGUCUGCGGAUGGAGAAAAAUUGUACGUGAAAAUUGAAAUGGAAAAAAUAUCUGUAGAGGCACACAGGCAGCAACUUAGUCGCCUGAGAGAGUUGACAAAUCCCGGGAUGCGACCAAAAGAAUGA